AUGGCUGGGUCCCGUAGGAGUCCGGUGUUGAGAGACCAGUGGAGCGCUGACCAGGAGCGUGAGCCCCGUGACGGAGAAAGACGCAGAGGUCGAGGCUCAGGCCGUGAUCGAGGCAGGGGUAGAGGUCGUGAUCGAGGCCGUCCGCACCGGCCUAAUAAUCGCAAUUUUGAUCGCCCGGGGCGGUCGCCACCGCGCGCGUCCCGCUUCGGCCCUGACGCUUCUCACGACCAAGGCGAUUUUGCGCCAGAACUUCCUCAUCCGCAAGGCUCCCCUGGACCUCCAAAUUUUCAAAACAAUCGUCGCACCGAUUCGAACCGCCCUUCAUCAUCGGCAGGUGAUUGGAAUGCCCAUCCUUCUGCAUCCUUCGACAGAGAAGCCCCCGUGUUCCGCAGAGACCAAUCACCGAACGGACCUCCAUCAAAACGACAAAGGACUCGAAGUCCUUCUCCGCGUGGAUACCGUGGACCCCUGCCUCCGCAACGUUCAAACUUCACCAAUUACGGAGAGGGAAGAGACCGAAGCCCUUCUUUCAGGAAACGAGGUGGCCGGAAUCAGGGUCGUGGUGCUCCCAGAAGAAGGUCUCCUCGACGAGGUCGGGACCGCCGUGGAAAAGACCGUCGUCGGCCAGAUUUCCCGCGGCCGGGAAGAUCUAGAUCACCCGUUCAUGAUCGGGAAUUCCAUCCUUCACCCGACCGACGAUCUCGUACCCCUGGUGGUGAGAACUACGGUGACAACUAUAGCGACCACGGAUCUCACUAUCGCUCAAACUCGCGGCAUUCCGUUCAAUCGAAUUCAAGGUUUUCUAUAUCCUCUCACACCUCCAGGCAUGAUCCUGCAAUGAUACCAACUCGACCAAUCCAGCCCAUUGCUGAUGAUAAUCCCCGUUCUCUGUCUCCCCCUCGACCAAUUCCGAGCUUUGACUCUGAAAAUCUCGGCCCCUCUGAAGAACAAUUCGCUAAUUCUCGAGAUGCACACCCAAUGCAUGAAAUGCGCCACGAUGUGAAAAACCCGUCACGUCGUCGAUCUUCUCGACCACAUCUUGAUACCCGACCCUAUACGACAUCCCCUAAGCAUGGGACAUCAACGGGUUCAUUUCAUGGCUCCCCGCAACCCCCAUCACCCUACUCAGCGGGACGAGGCGGGUGGAAUGGCCCUUCUUCACAUCCCGGACCUGGUCACGCCUCUCCUUACCAGCAAGACAAUUACUCGUCGCAAAAUGGACCUCCGGGAAACUACUAUCAGAACCAAGGCCAAUAUAACGGCCCCGGGAACCAUCCUUCUCAGUCUUCAUACGGUGGUGGCGGACCUCCUCACCGUGGCGGUCAUCGCGGAAAUUUCUCAAAUCAAGGUCCAGACAGGCGUUUUUCAGGCUCUGGCCCUCAUCCUUACCAUGCCGGACCCUCACAACGCGGCGGAAGAGCACAUUACAACAACUUGCAAUGGACUGCAUCUGGAUCUCGCGGCCGUGGUGGGCAGCCUAAUCCUCACACUGCACCCACCCAUGGGUCACAAACUCCCACUCGGCCGCAUUCUCACAAUGACCCAGAAUCCCCUCGGGCAGGUGACAGUGAGAGUCAUCCCCGGCCCUCCAACCGGGAUUUCCACGAGGACAGAGAGUUUCGCGAAACAGAGAACCAGACACAGCCCCCAUCUGAUAGUGGGGAUAUCCAGAACAUGCUUCAGCCGAAUCAAGAGCCCGAAAACUCGACUCCUGCACCAAAGGGUGGAAAGUUCAGUUUUGCCUUCAAAUCCAAGGCUGCACCCUCUCCCGCUCCGAAGCCGGUGCCCGACCUUGCUCAACGGAUGCAGAUCCGCGAGCCGGCCCUUCGUGCACCUCUACCUCCACAGGAACAAACAUCACCCCGCAAUCGCCUAACCAACGGACCAUUGCCCAAAUUCAAGCCAGAGCCAAGACACGACCGCCGGGAUCGUGGACGGGACCGAGGAGACCGGGAUCGCAGGGAUUUCCGAGAGCCACGAGAAUUCCGUGAUCCACGGGACCGGAGAGAUGAUCGCCGCUUUGAUCAAAAUCAACGGCGUGAUCGACGGAAAGGAGACCGGCCCCCAGAUCGACCGGCGGACUGGUAUGACCGCCGGCGUGAGCCUUUGCCAGAACCACCAAGAGAGGCACCCCCUAAGCAAACAAUGAUUCUCUCACGCCCUAAACCCCGUCCUACGCUUCCGGCAGAGUUCGCAAACGCUGAUUCUGUCUACUUCCGAAAGCCCGGCAAUGAGUCUGUGAUUGGCGCUGGCACGUAUGGCAAGGUUUUCAAAGGAAUCCAUGUCUAUACCCAGCGAAAGGUUGCCCUCAAGAAAAUUCGAAUGGAAGGUGAAAAGGAUGGAUUCCCUAUCACCGCCGUGCGAGAGAUCAAGUUGCUCCAACAUCUCCGAAACCAUAACGUUGUCAGCCUCCUCGAGGUCAUGGUUGAGAAGAACGAGUGUUUCAUGGUUUUUGAAUAUCUUUCUCACGAUCUGACUGGACUGAUCAACCACCCCACUUUCGAUCUCACCCUUGCACACAAGAAAGAUCUAUCCAAGCAGAUGUUCGAGGGUCUCAACUAUCUUCACCACCGUGGUGUUCUCCACCGAGACAUUAAGGCAGCCAACAUCCUGAUCAGCAACCGAGGUUUGCUCAAGUAUGCUGACUUUGGCCUGGCCCGAUUCUUUUCUAAAAGCCGUCAACUCGACUACACCAACCGAGUCAUUACUAUUUGGUAUCGCCCCCUGAAUUACUGCUAG